UCGGCUUACACUCGCUUGUAAGUCGCACGCCGACCGCGCUCCGAUUCGAGCGACUUCCUCCUAACCGUGCAGUGCUAAAAAUCAGUGAUGGAUUUGUCCUGUGAAGAGAACAUGCAGGUGUCUGCUGGGAGCACGGGGCGGGACAUGUGCGUCGCAGGUCCCGACCGAGCGCUGGAUCGGGACCCCAGGCUCCUCGGGAACCUGCUGGCGCUGGAGAGGUUCCACGCGCUCCACACGGACUAUUUCCAGCAUGUCCAGAUCGACAUUCAGCCCUUCAUGAGGAAGGUUGUCACCACUUGGAUGCUGGAGGUCUGCGAAGAGCAACAAUGUGAAGAGCAAGUGUUCCCGCUGGCGGUGAGCUACAUGGACCGGUUCCUGGCGCAGCGCGCCAUCUCGCGGCAGCAGCUGCAGCUGCUGGCAGCCACCGCCAUGCUGCUCGCCUCCAAGUUCCGCCAGUGCCACCCGCUCUCGGUCGACCUGCUCUGUGCUUACACUGACAACUCAGUUCACCCUCAGGAAGUAAGGCAAUGGGAACUGUUGCUGCUGCAGCGGCUGAACUGGCAGCUGUCCAUCGCUACCGCGUUCGACUUCAUCGAGCCGUUCCUAGCGCGGGUGCCGUGGGGCCGCGCUAACCCUUUAGUGCGCACACAUGCCCUCACACUCACAUCCGUCUGCUAUACUGAAACCGAGUUUCUCCUGGUGCCGCCCUCCCUGAUCGCUGUGGCGUGCAUCACGGCGGCAGCGCGGGGUCUUCGCGUGCGUGGGUCGGUCAGUGAGCUGUGCGCGCUCACGCACACGUCCGCCGCCGCCGCCGAGCUGGUGGCGCGCCACGUGGAGCGCGUGCUGGCGCGCGAGACCCAGCCGCAGGAGCCCCGCCCGCGCCCUGCCCCGCUCGUCAAACAGCCCACCGACACCACCCAGCUGCCCGGCACCCCCACAGAUGUCCAGGACGUACAUUUCUGAUCUCCUGCGGCCAAUUAGCGGGCAUAAUCACAAAUUCGGUCUCAGUUUCGCUGUUGGCGAAACGCUACAUUUCUGAUCCCUUAACUCGUUCGAAUACGAAGGUCGCGCUGAAGCGCUGACA